AGAAUGGGAGUGAGAUCCCAUUUUCUUCAUGGACGUCAUCAUGUUUGGCAGCAGGAAUGGUAUUUUUUGUUGUGUGUGAAUUUAGAGACUAACCUAUGCUAAGUUUAUUUAGUGUAAUCAGUAUUUUGUGAUCCAAAGUGUUACUCCAUCGGGGAGCGUAAUAUUAAUGAUCAAGCUGCCAGUAUGGACUUGUUGGAAAUAGAUCCAAAGCUUUUUAUCACAUGUCGUUUAUGUCUGGAGGAUACAGGGGUCUUUCAAAUUGUCCCAAAUGUACAGCAACAAAUUAAAUACUGUUUUGAUAUAAAUGUGGAGCCAUUUGAUGGUUUACCUCAAUUGCUAUGUAGAAAAUGUAAUACAUUAUUGCAGGAAUAUUCAAAUAUUAAAAAAAUAUUUGUUGAAAAACAAGCAUCUUUGAAGGAGAAGUUAACAUUUAAAAAGGAAGAACCUCCUGCAACAAAAGCUGCGGAAACUGAUAACAAAGAAGAACCUUUAAAUGCACCUGAUGACGUAAGUGUAAGUGAAAAUAAUGAGGCGAAUCUAGUUAACGGUGAGGUAAAAGCACCGACUACAUCUAAUGAAGCAACUGUGAACCCACAAAAGAAAAAGAAUUCCAAGAGUAAACGGCGCAGACGUGCAUUGUCUUUGACAUCCAAUGAUAGUUACAAUUCAAACGGAACAGUAACAAAAGAUAGGAAAAUAAACCACAACACUUCAUUCAAUAAACCAGCUGCAAAUUGGAAAACCAAUGAUUAUUUGAAAUAUUAUGUUUGCAAAAUUUGCUCUUUGAUGUACAGAGAUAAAAGAUCUGUUAAAAAUCAUUAUUAUGAUCAUAAUUUCCUCAUAGCAAGCAAUCACCAGGCAUUUGAAGCUAAGUGUAGAGUGUAUUUGCCUAAAUUAGACAACAAACCUAACAUAACUGGUUUGAACAAUACCGUUGUGUUCAGUAAAAACAGAAUUCUUCUAGACGAUGGUAGUGAUUGGUAUAACAUUGUAUAUGUUGCAAAAGAUAAACGGCAAUAUAAAUCUGAUUCUUCUGAUUCUGAAUUCGUUGUAAGUAAUAAACAAAGGAAAAGGCGACGAUUAUCUUCUUUGAGUUCAAAUGAUACGGUAUAUAUUGGUAAUACUGCUAAAAGUCCUCAGUCGCCUGGUGAAAAAGUAUUUACUAAGACCACGAAAUCUAAAAGAAAUAGCAAUGAAUUACUGGUCCCUACACCACACACCAGAACAGAAACAGUAUGUAUUGAAUUGGAUGAUUCAUCUGACAGUAAUAUGGAUGGUGUGUUUAACCAGAACAAACCAAACUCCUCUACUACUCCACAAAUAGAUCUAAGAACUAUAGAAAAUAUAAUUACAGUUUGUCGCAAUAAAUUUGAAAUCCGACAUAAAAAACAACAGAUGAAUGAAAAUCAUCCGGUUCAUAAAGCACAACUGGAAGCACAAUUAAAACAUAAGAUUUUGAGUUUUGGAAGAAAAACGUUAAACGUAUCAGCUUUAGCCAGCAAUGGAAUUUUAAGAUAUUUGGAACACAAAAAUCUUAAUGUAAUAUGGGAACCUGUGUCCCAAAAGAAAGCACAGUCGGCCGGUCGAGAACUGAGUUUUGUUCGAAUUGCGGCAAUUAAUUUCGAUCGAGAUAAGCGCGUUGAAGAUGAUUCUGGGUGGGUAGAUGUUACAAAUGAUCCCACUCUUGACGAGUUUACCAGUACCCAACAGCAAUGUGUGCCUAUAGGUACGGGCACCGCCGUUCUAAAUAUAAUCCCAACUGCAACGGUUCCAAUAGCCGGUGUCAUCAAGUCUCCUGUAACUAAUGGUGUAAAUCAAAUCGUAUUAACGGAUGUCCGUAGUACUGAAGAAUCGAACUCUAAAAAACUCUUAAAUGUAAACCCUGUUGCAAAUCCAAAACAACUCCCAAAGAAGUCACACGUACACGAAGCAAAGCCAGUGUAUAUCUCAAGGCUACCUAAUAAUUUUGAUCAGGGUUUAGAUAAUGAACCUAAUAUGAUCAUGCCAGUCAUAACGUCAACAAAAUCUUUAGCUGCAGAAGUGAAUGAUGAAAAUAAGAAAAAAGAAACUGAAAAUUCAACUUCUGCAAAUAAUAGUGGCAGCAAUCAACCCGCCCCACGAAUCAAAGUAAAGCCAGCCUCCGAGCUGAUGAAACCUCAACUGCAAAGGGAUCAAAGCAACUCAAGUUGGGACUUUAACCAAAUUCAAAAUACAAUAGGUACUCGGGAAAGUACAGUCAACUUAAUCGUUCCAGACAUGUUAGUUCACAAAAUACAUAACCAGUCAACAGCGUUGAUGUUGCCAGCAACUCCAGCAAGUAAUUCUAUUUCUGAACCGAUUAAAAGUGGUCCUGAAUAUAUCAUAUUAGACACGGUUGACAUGCCCAAUACAAAGACUGCAUCGCCGUUUGAAUAUUUUAGAAACUUAUUAUUGCUACAUGGACUUACAUUGAUUGAAGCUAAUGCGGUUCUCACAAGAGAUUUUCUAUGCCUUUUAAAGUUCAAAGUACAGUUUAAACAAGAAAAUAAAAACAACCCUGUAAUUUUAUGUCUGUCGUUACAUUGUUCUGGAAAUGAAUUUUGCAUGUCCAUAAAAGAUGGGAACCAAAUUAACAUUCACAUAGGAAAAAUGUCACCUAACUGGCAAUGGGAAAUUAUGAAAGUCUACCAAGGAGAUGUUUCCACUAAAGUACUGCUUAAUGCACAAAAGGCUGGACAAAGUAUUUACACUAACGCAAAUACAUUCGUAUGUCUACUAAGAUCUAUAACUCAGAAACAGGAAAUAUGACAUAUGGAGGCACAACCGAUCUUAAAUAUCGGCUGUCUACCACAACCAAGUUAUGUUAUUUUAUUGGAAUAGUAUUAUAUUUUUUAUUGGUUUUGUAUUUAAAAUUAGUAGUAGUUACUAUUUUACAAAAAUUAUGUUCGUUUAAAGCUGUGAUAUGAACCGACCGCAACUUUAAAACUCGGCUGCAACCACUGCUUCUUUUGUUACUGAUACAUAUUUUUAACUUACGAACGCGACCCUAACUCUAGAAAAUAUUUUUACCUAAUUAAAAUAAAGUUUGAUGAAACUAUGAACAACAAUGGUAAAAAAAAUCCUCCCCUGGUUUGACGGUAAAUCCUGAUGAGUGAUUAUUGUACAGAAGUUAUGAUGCAAUAAUAACAACGUACAAUACUAUAAUAAGUACCUUUACUUACAUAAUAGAUUUACAACUGUGUCCAGUGUUUUAGGCAGUAUUUUUAUGGUU